AUGGUGGUUUUCAUGGGCAGGAACCUCUCCUCGCUUCUGGCUUUCUUCAAGAAGAAGGCGGUGGCUGAGGUGUGCAGGGGGCACUGCCAGCUCGGCAGCUGCUUCCCUACCUGUGGGCUCUUCCAGGGGGGAUUUACCUCCUGCCUUCCCUCCACAGAGAAGCAGAAGCAGACCAAAAGUGCCUGGGACCACGGGGACACCAGCAGCCUCCAGUCCUGCGCGUUCUCGGAGGAUGACAGUGUGUCCAUCCGGAGCCGGGCGGCCUCCUGUGCCACGGACAGCACCUCUGAGGACGCCCUCUCCAUCCGCUCCGAGAUGAUCCAGAGGAAAGGUUCCACCUUCCGACCGCACGACUCCUUUCCCAAAUCCUCGGAGAGGGCUGGCAAGAAGAGGAAGGACAGGAGGACGACGGUGCUGGGCAUCCCCCAACAUGUCCAUAAGGAGCUGGGUCUCAGGAACAGCCACGAAGCCAAGGGCCAUCCCGGGGCUGAUGGGCGAGGGCCGGCGGGGCGCGGGGCGGCCCAGCCCGGGGGGCCCUCCGAGGACGGGCAGCUCUCCCCCAGAAGCAAGUCUGCGGCCUCCACCGCCAGCUUCAUCUUCGCCAAGAGCUCCCGGAAGGUGGUGAUCGAGACGGCCUCGUCCCCCGAGGCACAGGCUGACCUGAAGAGGAACUUGGUGGCCGAGCUGAUGAAUUUCUCGGGGCAGCGCUCGGCGGCUCCGGCGGCCGCCCCGCAGGGCCCUGGCAAGGCACAAGCCCACCGAAAACCUGGCAAGGUCCCCCCUCCGGUAGCCAAGAAGCCUUCGCUGGGCCCAGGGCCGGCUCCUUCCCCGCUGAGCCCAAAGGCAGCAGGGGCAGAGGCGCUGGGCUCCCCGGUGCCGGACGGGAACGCCGCGGCGGUGCCGGCGGACGAGAGCAGGACUAAGAGCGAGCUGGCAGGGACGGCGGCCGCGGGGACGGAGGGCAGGGACACCACGGAGCCGCCAGCUCAGAGCCUCCCUGCACAAGACAGACGGGGAGAGACGGCCUGAAGGAUGAUGCUGCAGGACUGGUGCCCCCACGGACAGGAAUCCAAAUCUCUCAGGGACCUGGGCAGGUCAACGGACGAGUGUGGAACUGGCAACUAACUUAAUACAGGAAGCAAACAGCCUUAGCCUCCACGGCCUUGAUGAUAUUUAUGCAAAAAUGGUGUUGGUUUCACUUUCCUAAGUACUACAGCUUUAUUUUGCUUUUUUUUUUUACUGGACUCGAGGCCUGUGCCCAGAGCCAGCACCUCCUCCCUGCCAGGCUGCUGCUUGGUCUGGGCGUGCGGAGCCGAGAGGAGUUUGGGGACCGAAGACACCAGAGGUGGGACCGCUCUGCUCCAGGCCUGCGAGGAAUUGAAGCACUUUGGACAAGGGAAUGGGAAGGCUUUGGCCACGGCAGUGCCCGGGGGGAUGCAAACAGGAGCAGGACGGGAUGGAGGCACUGGUUGGGAGGGACCAGGGCUUUGUCCCCUGAUGGAGAGGCAAGAGGGGCUCGUGGCCAGUGCCAGCUCCGGCCACUCGCCACUGCCCAUCCCAGCCAUCCUGCAGCCACGCUGGCCACAGGGUGAGGGGGAGCCUGGCUGCCCCUUGAGCUGGUCUUCAGGCCCUGGGCUCUGGGGUGGAGCCUCGAUUCUUUCUGUAAACUCGGGUCACAUUUUGAUUUCUUUUGAUUGUAAAAAAAACCGAAAACCAACCAACCAACAACGAACCAACAAACCCAACCCAACCAAACCAAAAGCAACUGACCCUCUGCCGCCGAGUAGCUGCUCAGAGCUCUGUACCUGGCUGGUAAAAAUGAUGACCUAA